UCAUUUUGUCUGUAAGAGUAUUUGGAGUAAGACAGCUGUAAGUAUCAAAACAUUUGGACUGUAAAUUAAGUAGACAUUAGGAAGUUUUCCUUAGAAACAAUUUUAGGUUUAAGAAGCUGACUUCUUUUCAGACAAAAUAAAGUGCUACUUAAGCUGAGAGUGGGUGAGAGUCUACAAGGUGAUGCAGCAGGGACAGCUGACCCCAACUGACCAAAGGGAUGUCCCACACCCCAAGACUGGGGAACUACAGGCCAGUCAGUCUCACCUCUGUGCCUGGCAAGAUCAUGGGGCAGAUCCUCCUGGAAACUCUGCUAAGGGACAUGGAAAAUAAGGAAGUGAUUGGUGACAGCCAACAUGGCCUCACUAAGGGCAGUUUGUGCCUGACAAAUCUGGUGGCCUUCUACAACGGGGUUGCAGCCUUGGUGGAUGGGGGAAGAGCAGCAGACAUCAUCUACCUGGACUGUGCAAAGCAUUUGACACUGUCCCCCAUGAUAUCCUUGUCUCUAAAUUGGAGAGACAUGGAUCUGACAGAGAGUGUUAGGACUAAAAACCUUUAGGUAGGUCCAAUGUGAAACAGGCAUUGUUGUGAAACUAGCAAGGCGGAACACUGACCUUGUGAGAGCACAUAUUGCUAGCUCAGCAAUAUGGCACCAGGCCACAAGUCAUCCGGUACGAGACAAUGCUGCCAUCUGCACAGCACGCGCUGGCCAUGCAGCUGUGCGUGAUCGCAGCAGCCUAUCAACUAGCAACCUAUAGGGUUUUAGAGCAUGCAGGGGCAAAACAUAUAAACAGAGCAAGUUGCUUUGCAUCGGAGAGGCAGGAACAUCAACUGAGGUCAACGUUGCCUCUGCGGGGACACAACACAAGAUGUUGAUAACUACCAUACCGAUGGGGUGCCAACCGCAACCUGGCUAAGUAUCUACGACCUAUUGGAUCUCGGUAACGGACAUCAAUGACUGGGAAAAGCAUCACGCUCGUCGGUACCCUUGCCAUCACCCUGGGAUCGGCCAUGCGGUUCCCUGCACUGCUCACGUUGAUCCUCCCGGCCCUGCUGCCCCUGGCCGGUGCCACUGACCUGCAGCUGCCCUGCCCAUCGGAGAUGAACAAGGUGAAGGACAUCCUGGAGGUGAACUGCACGGGACAGGCUCUCAGCGCAGUGCCCUCUGGCCUGCCCGAGGACACGGGCAUCCUGCUGCUCAACGCCAACCGCCUGACAUCUGUCUCCACUGCCGCCUUCUUGCCCCUGGCCGCACUGCAGGACCUCGACCUGUCUGAAAACGGGAUGGUGGCCAUGCACACCGAGUCCCCGCUGCCAUCCCUCAGGGAGCUGCUGCUGUCCCGCAAUGCGCUGGUGGCCCUGCCCAACCUGCAGGGCCUGCCUGCGCUCACCCGCCUGACCCUGGCUCACAACACCCUGCAGAAUCUGGCCCCGGAGGCUUUCCGUGCCGUGCCGCUGCUGCAGGACCUGGACCUGCGAGGGAACCGGCUGCAGACACUUCCCCAGGACACCUUUGCAGGGCUGCGGGCGCUCAAGGAAUUGGACCUCUCAGACAACCUUUUGGAGGAGCUCCCCAGGGAGCUGCUGCAGGACUUGGAAGCACUGGAGACCCUCUGGCUCUCAGGGAACCUCCUCCGCACCCUGCCCACCGACUUCUUCGUUGAGGGGCACCUCUUCGCCUAUGUCUUUCUCACCGAGAAUCCCUGGCACUGUGACUGCAACCUGUUCUACCUGCGGAAGUGGAUCCUGAGCAAUGAGGGGAGCGUCUACCAGCCAGAGCGGGGCCUGGAGAAGACGAAGGUGGAGGUGGCCCCGGAGAAGGUGCUGUGCCACAGCCCCCCCGAGCAUCAGCAUCAGCCUGUCAUCCGCUUCAAGUCUGACUGUGGCAAUGUGGGAGACACAGAUGGGGAUGCGUAUGACUACGAUGAGGAAGGAACACCCCAAGAAACUACCAUGUCCCCUUCCCCCACGACACAUCCAGCUGUCCCCAAAGAGCACACUACUACCCCACACGCUCUUACCCAGCCUCCUCUCACUACUACAAGUUCUCCCAUCAGCUCCCCUUCUAGCUCCAGCCUUGCCCCAAGCACUUCCCAUGCGGUUCCUGCAAGCACCAGCACUCCCAGCACCGCCGCUCCUGCACCAGUCAGUUCCACCAUCACAUCCACUCUACAGCCCCCCAGCACUACCCCUCUUCUAACUUCUGCUCCCCCCACCACCUUCAUCUCCACCACCUCACUGACAACUGCUGUGAGCACCAGACUCCCCAGCACCAGCAACCAUCCCCAAACCAGCCUUACCACCAGCACAGCCACCAGCACUCUCCCAAUGUCCACUGGCAUGUUUUCCACCAGCAGUCCCACAGCAUUGCCUUCCACUAACACGUCAGGGGCCUCUUCGGUCAUCAAAUCUUCAUCUCCUCUGAUGUCAACCACACCGGUGGUCUCCACCACCACGCUUUCUCCUCAUGCCCCAAAGUUGCUGGCUCCCCUGAACACCACACACUUCCUCCAGCCAUCCCCUCUGCCCCCACCUCACCCUCUCUGUCCUUGCUCCACCACAGCACAGACUGUGCCCAUGCUGCUCUUGCGGGCAGGUGGGGAGGGUCCGCAGUGGGUGCAGUGGAUGCUGAGCCACUGCUGCCUGUUGCACUGGGUGCUCUACCUGGCCUCCUUGGUUCUUCUGCUCCUGUCCAUGCUGGCUUUAGCUUGCUGGCUGCUGUGGAUGUGUCUGGUGGGAUGGCCUUCCUCACGCAAAUCACUGCAGACCCAAGAGGUGCAGUACCCACUGUUGAGGUGGAGGGAGUCAACAGAAAGUCCUGUGAGGCAUCUCAGCAGCUUCCAAAGCCCCCUCCAACACUCCACAUUCUGCACCAUCAAGGAAAUAGAGCUGUGCCCUGAAGUCACUACAUCCCACACCUACUGCACAAUUAAAGACCUGGGAAUACAGCGCAGUCCUCCUGCAAAGUCCUCCUUCUGCACAACAAAGGAGCUGUGGGUCUGCCACCGUCCCCCGAAUGCUUCAUUCAAGUCUUUCUCCAGGAAGCUGACAGCCACAAACCUUGGCUCCCUGAGGGCCCCUUCUGCUUACAGCCUGGAUAGGGGUGUCAAGGCCAUCGGCACUGUCAGAGUGAAGUAUGCUGGCAACACCUUGUAAAUACUCCUGUAUGUUCAGAGUGAGGCAUGGAGGGUCAUGGCUCUGCCUCAUAUACCCUUGUUGCAUGAGGGGAAGAUCUGCUUGCUACAGAAGGGGAAGUCAUCCCAUUCCUCCCCCUAGCACCACUCACACUCAUUGUGGUUGCUGAAUCUGCAAUAAUUACUUUGGUACUUGGCAGGGGUAGAAGUCAUCCUAGAGCAGAGUGUGGGGCUGACACUGCCUGAUUUUGAGGUGAGAAGAGCUUUUUGAGCUUUUUUUUUUCUUCUUUUGAGAAGAGCUUGCUUUGUACACUGUGUCCUAAUCGCUUCUGUCUGAAUGGUGCACAUAAAGAUGUGCUAUGCUUUCAACUCAGUGUCAGGUUGCUAAUCACAGAAUAAAUAUUCUCUUUGCCUAACUUUCAAA